UCGCGGCUUCGCGAUUGGUUGAGAGGGGGGUUGAAUGUAAGAUGGCGCUCAUCGAGAUCUGAGGAGAAAAAGGAAAAAAGACAGAAGAAACCUUUUCUAGGCGCUUCCCCGACACAGCCAGAGAAUCGCGCUCCCCGUCGGCACCUUGCUUGGAGCGGUGCGGCGAGAGUGGAGAGGAGAGGGAAGCGGCCAGGCCGAUAUUCAGUGGGAUCCCAGUUUGAAGACCAUUCGUUGCCAUGAAUAACUCCCUGGAGAACACCAUUUCAUUUGAGGAGUAUGUGCGAUUGAAGGCACGUAGUGUUCCUCAGCAUCGCAUGAAAGAGUUUUUGGAGUCACUGGCAAGCAAAGGUCCUGAAGCCCUACAGGAGUUUCAGCAGACAGCCAAUGCUGCAACAACAAUGGUGUAUCAGCAGGGAACAAACUGCAUCUACACAGACAGCACUGAGGUAGCUGGGUCUCUGCUAGAACUGGCCUGCCCGGUUCAGGUCCAGGUCCAGCAGUCUCCGCAACAACAGGUGAAUCCAUCGCAACUCUCUCCACAGCUUGCGGCAGCUGUACACCAGGCUUCUGAACAGCAGCAGCAGAUCCAAGUGCAGGUGCAGAUCCAGAGUCAGCAGCAACAAGCGCAAACACAGGCCAACAACCAGACGAUGCAGAACACAAGUCCUACCCAGCAGCAACAGCAGCAGCUAUCCAACUCACAGUUACAGGCUGUUGCUGCAGCAGCACAACUGGCUGUCCAACAUCCUGAUAUCUCAGAGGAGCAUCUUCAGCAGCACCAGCAGAUCCAAGCACAGCUUGUGGCAGCAGCGGCAGCAGGACAGCAAAUCCAGAUCCAGACAGUAGGGGCUCUGUCUCCCCAGCAACAGCAGCAGGUUCAGCAACAGGGUUCUCCUAGAGAUGGCGAGAGAAGGGGCAGUACAGGAGGUGUCCUGCAGCCUGCUAAAAAACGUAAGGUGGACAUGCCUAUCACUGUUUCUUAUGCUAUAUCUGGUCAACCAGUGGCUACGGUUUUGGCCAUUCCACAAGGUCAGCAACAAAGCUACUUGUCUCUCCGACCGGAUCUGCUAACUGUGGACAGUGCACACCUUUAUAGUGCUACUGGUACAAUCACUAGCCCAACUGGAGAAACAUGGACCAUCCCUGUGUACUCUGCCCAACCUCGUGGAGACCUGCAGCAGCAGCAGAACAUCACGCACAUCGCUAUCCCACAAGAAGCAUAUGGAGCAGUGCAUGUUACAGGUUCUCCAACCACUGUCAAGUUGGAUGAAGAGAAAGAUAAGAUGGUGGUAUCGGGGAAGAAUCCAGGUGUCUCCUUGUCAGUCUCUUCUGUUUCAACUGCAACACAUGAGGAGGUGGUGCAGACGCUUGCCAAUACCCUUUUCCCAGCUCAGUUUUCUGUUAAUGGUAACAUCCACAUUCCAGUUGCUGUGCAAGCUGUAACAGGGGCAUAUCCUAAUACCACACAAUCAGUUCAUAUAUGGGAUCCCCAGCAGCAGCAAGCCCAACAGCAGCCUCAGGCCCCUCAACAAACAGCUGUACAGGAUCAGCAGCAACUGCAGACACAAACAGUACAGGUGUCAGAAGUGGACUCUCAGCCCCAAGCUCCCCCAGAUAUGCUACUGCCCAGCUCUUUAAAGUCUGAAGAAGGGCUAGAGGUUUGGAAAUCUUGGGCACAGACCAAGAACUCUGAUUUGGAGAAGGACUCCCAUACAAAGCUAGCUCCAAUUGGCAGGCGCCAGCCUCUGCGUUUCCAAGAGGAUCUCAUAUCUUCUGCUGUGGCAGAGCUCAACUUUGGCCUCUGCUUGAUGACCCGGGAAGCUCGCAGUCCUGAGGGGGAGCCCUUUGAGUCUGAUGUGCUCUAUUAUGUCUUCCUGUGCAUACAGAAGUAUCUGUUUGAGAAUGGCAGGGUGGAUGAUAUAUUUUCUGACCCUUACUAUUUGAAGUUUUCUCAGUGGCUACAUGAAGUUCUAAAGGACUGGCAGCCUCGGGUUCAUCCUCUUGGAUAUGUGAUCCCUAGCCAUGUGACUGAAGAGAUGCUGUGGGAGUGCAAACAGCUGGGUGCACAUUCUCCUGCCACACUACUGACGACACUCAUGUUCUUCAACACAAAGUAUUUCCUUUUGAAGACAGUAGAUCAGCACAUGAAGGUUGCAUUCUCCAAGGUGCUACGACAUACAAAGAAAAACCCUUCCAACCCCAAAGACAAAAGCACCAGCAUCAGAUACCUGAAAGGGGUCAGCAUGCAUCAUGUUGGCCAGAAAGUUACAGAUGAUAUGUAUGCUGAGCAAGCAGAGAACCCUGAGAACCCUUUGCGUUGCCCCAUUAAGCUCUAUGACUUCUACCUCUUCAAAUGCCCCCAGAGUGUGAAGGGACGGAAUGACACCUUUUACUUGACCCCUGAACCUGUGGUGGCCCCUAACAGUCCAAUCUGGUACUCAACGCAGCCAAUCAGCAGAGAGCAACUGGAACACAUGCUGACACGAAUUUUAAUGGUGCGAGAGAUCCAGGAGGCAAUCGCUUUAGCAUCAGGAGGUCUGCACUAAGGGAGAAAAGGGGAAUCUUCACUCAGCACCUCUCCCACAUCAUUAUCCAGCCUUCUCUUAUGAAUUCUGCCAAAACAAACCCAUGGACUCGAUUGUUCGAGAAAGGUGCAGACAAGAUGUUGCCUGAAUUAUUUUUCUUUUUCAUUUUAAAUCUGGGUAGAUCUCAUAGGGGGUAAAUCUGUUAUGGCUCCAUCUAAGAAAAAAGAAAAAUACAUUGAAGGAAGUACAACAAACCUCCUCUGCAUUUCUGUGAGUAUUUAAGAAUGUCUAGAGGUUUGACAUCUUCGUGCAAGGUUGUGUGUAUUUUUUUUUAUGUGAUGGGCUGGCAUAAUUAAGAUAACAAACAGCAGGGAAGUGCUGGGCUCACUCUUUGCUGUAUUAUGGAAUGGGGGAGGCGUUGGAGUUGAGUAAGUAAUGCCUACAGACUCCUUGGAUCGACCCAGAGGAGGUGUGAAGAUGCAGAAUUACUAGGGGACACUGCAGCUAUCUCAUGAAGGCCUUCAGAAAAGGACCGGACAGCAGAUGGUGUGGAAGGGGAAUAUCAAAAGACCUGAUGUAUUGCAAACAGAUGCACUUGUGGAGGCGGAGGGCAAAAGAAGAAAAAGACGAAAGACUGCAGUUUAAAGGUGUGCGUUCUGGACGGCUUUUUUUUUGUUUUGUUUUUUGUUUUUUUUUUUUUUUUUUAAAAGGAUAAACUGUUUCUCCAUUUUUGGCCUCCCUAUUAUCCUUCCCCUUCCCAAGUACACACAAACUGAUGUCACAUGCAAAGAUGAUAAACUCUAAACAGCUGGGCUUCAGAACUCUAAUUGUAACAUACACGCCUGUAUUAUACGUGAUAAGAGACCACUUUUUUCCCUCUUUUUUCUCAUAUAUGUAUUCGUAUUUAGUCGUUUAUCAAGAAUGACAAGCACGUCUUUUCAAACAAGCCUUUUUGUACAGUGAGUGGGUGUGCCUUUUCUUGUAUUAUUCAAAUAUUAGGGAUUCUUCAGCC